AUGUCGGUUUUCUUCAAAGACGUGUCAGAGAAUAACCCUGUCAAGCCAGGCGAUGUUGAAGCUCUCCUCGCACCACAUGGCUUGACCAUCCCGUCUUCAGAAUCUGUAGACUACACUGUACUCCUGGCUGGAGUUCACGAGGUUGCGGAGCGCAUCUACGCCCUGCCAGACUACCAGCCGGUCCCCGACACCAAGCGCUUUCCACGCCAGGAUGUCCGCCGGCCAAAAGCCAAAGAGCAGGAGUUUGGCGUCGCAUGGGCACAUCGGUUCCUGAUCCAGGGCGAACGGUCCGCAGAGUCCGCCGUCAAAGCCAAGACGGUCUGUCUGAAAGACUGCAUUGCCGUGGCCGGCGUUCCACAGUUCUUCGGGUCCGACGCACUGCCACCUUGGACGCCGAGCACCGAUGCGACAGUAGUAACGAGGCUACUCGAGGCCGGGGCAGACAUUCUUGGUACAUCAACUUGCGAACACUUUUGCAACUCGACGGCUUCUUUUACUUCUGCGCAAGGCACAAUUGACAACCCCCAUGCGGUCGGCUACUCCGCCGGCGGAAGCACAUCUGGUGGCACGGCUCUUGUUGCAGGUGGCAGUGUCGACAUUUGCAUCGGCACUGACCAGGGCGGGAGUAUCCGUGUGCCGUCAGCGCUGUGUGGGUGCGUGGGGCUCAAGCCCACGCAUGGCCUUGUUCCCUUCACGGGUUUCUCGACCGGUGACGCCAUCGAUGACCACGCAGGCCCUAUUGCCAGGUCUGUUGAAGACGUUGCUGCCUGUCUGGACGUAAUUGCUGGGUAUGAUGAGAUUGACGAUCGGUCCCUGGGUGCUGGGCGCCCUGGGACGUUCAACUUCCUUGAGACGUUGAGGAGUACAACGUCGUCAGAUAAACCCCUUGCCGGCGUCACGGUAGGUCUUGUGAAAGAGGGCUUCGAAUGCAGUGUUAUGCGACCCGAAGUCGCUUCAAUGGUCUUGGCCGCUGCUCACAAGCUUGAACAGCUCGGAGCAAGCCUUGAGCAAGUUUCCAUUCCUCUGCAUCUCGAGGGGCCGUCAGUUUGGACGAUCCAGCAACGGAUAGCAGGCUAUCUUGCUGUGAUGGGAAAAGCAACCGGCCGCAGAGGCCUGGGUCUCACCGAGUUUGAACAAGCGAGACUGCCGUGGACAGAUGACAACUUCCAAAAGAUGUUUCACUCAACCAAAAACACCGUCAUCAAUGGCAUGUACCUCGCCGACAAAUUCCCCGGCUUGUACGGCAAGGUAGUCAACAUUGGCCGGCAGAUUCGGGACGCAUAUCAAGAUGUGCUGGCCAAGUACGACGUCCUGGUGAUGCCGACCACGCCUUUUGUGGCGCCAAGGCAUGGUACCAGGGACUCGGUUCUCGAGUCUUUCGAGCCCACGAUUGGACUGACGAGCAACACGGCCGUCUUCAACGUUACUGGUCACCCGGCCUUGACCAUCCCAGUUGGAGUGUUACCAGCAGCCGAUAACGCCACUGUGGAGUUGCCAGUCGGCAUGCAGAUUGUUUCUGGGCUUUGGGAAGAGAGCAAAGUGCUCCGUGUGGGGCGAUCAUGGGAGAAGGCGUUCGGAAAGGACUAA